UGACACUAUCUUACGCCUAGGUUUAUAACGUUAACUAUCACUCUUUGAACGCCGCCGAGACAGACAGAGAGACUCUUAUUCUUCACUUGCCUCAUUUUCACGCUUUAUACAGUGUUAGAAGAAAUGAACUGAGUUUGGAAAUAUUGUGGUAUGGGUCCUUCUCAACUAUUCAUGGACACUGACCUGGACAUUAAACCUCACAUAACAGCAAAAGUAGCACCCGAUGAGGAGAAGAUUAAUUCCCUUAGAAACUCGGGUGGGAAGGGUUUAAUUUGCAGGAAUGGAGGUGCUAAAAUUGAGACACAAGCUAUUUUGGGUAAUCAAAGUAAUGCUACAAAGUUCCCUGAGGAUCUUGAGGUUGAUAUAGUUGGAAGUACAAUUAAAAGUGACAUUGGAUUGACUAAAAGUGAGGAUCCAGAUGCAACUGAUUAUUCUAGCUCAUUUGCUGACUCCGCAUCUGAUAUAGAGAAUUGUUCUGGAUUGAGUGAAGGAGAAGUGGAAUCACAAUUCUUUGGGGACAACGGUUUGGGUUCUUCAUUUGAUACAUUUGGUAAUACACUCCAAUUAAGGAAGAAGAAAUUGACAAAUCAUUGGAGGAACUUUAUACGCCCUUUGAUGUGGCGUUGCAAAUGGACAGAAUUGAGAAUCAAGGAGAUGGAGUUGCAAGCGUUAAAAUAUGCCAGAGAGCUUGCAGCAUAUGACCAAAGAAAACAACCGGGAUUUGAUCAGUUUACCUUUGAAGGAUUGGGUUCAAAGUCAUUGCCAUUUUCUAGUCAAUGCUUCAAAAAAAAGACAAUAAAGAGGAGGAAACGAAAGAGAGUUGAAGACACAACUGAUUUAACAUCAUAUAUGUCAAAACAUCACCUUUUCUCUUAUCUUGAGCUUAAGAAGUCUGAUCCAGAUGGCAUUUCAGUGGCUGACGAUUUUGGUAAUCCAGUAAUCACAGAUCAAAAUGACCCUUGCAAUGACAAAUUUGGCAUUAGUAAUGAUUGGUCAUUUUUUGAGUUUAGAGACGGUGAUAAUUUUUUGGAGCAAGUCCUUUGGAAAAUUGAAUUGGUGCACUCUCGGGUUCACAAGCUGAAGAGUCAGAUUGAUGUGGUCAUGUCCAAAAAUGCUGCUAGGUUUUCUUCCUCGGAGAAUUUGAGCCUUCUAGCACCUGGUGAUGCACAGACCAGCUCUGCUCGUAGUCCUACAUUCUCUGCUGGCAAUGGAGACGCUAUAUCAGUGGGACCUAUAUAUUCUCCAACUAAACAUAUAUCAGAGUAUGAUCAUGGAGAUCUUGUUAUGCCUGAAAGUGCCAUUUCAAGUUAUAAGGAGGCAAUCCAUGUUCCUGAUAUAAUUGAAAGCACGGCUGGACUGUUGUCUGCUGCUGAUGUCACCCUCCAUCAGCCACAGACUGGAGAUUCAUGUGAAAAUAUUGUAGAUAGUGUUCUGGUACAUACUGAGGCAGCUGAAGCAGAAAGGCACACUUUCAAAAUGAUAGGUAACCAAGCCACUGAGAUGCAUCAGGAACCAGAGACAGGCGAGCAAGAAAGCACCAAUCUCCCUUUAAUUCCAAAAUCAGAACCUCUUACUGUCCCUUUAAUUCCAAAAUCAGAACCUCUUAUCGUCCCUUUAAUUCCAAAAUCCGAACCUCUUACUGUAGAAAAAUCUGUAGGGCCUCAGGAGCAAUCAACUCUGAAAACUUGUUUAGCAUCAGAUGUUAAUUUUCCUAAGAAUAAGAGAAAGCGUGGGGAGCGCAAAGCUGGCUCAGUUGGUUGGAGCAAGAGAUCGUCAGGUGAGCCUGAUAGCCAGUGACUGAAAAAUAAUCUGAGAAUCUCUGUAUUUCCCAUAACAUGCAAAUUAUGGGGCUGGAUAACGAAUGUGUAGUGUUCUUAUGUAUGAACAAUUUUCAGAUGAAUAUAGCUUCAGUUUUCGUAGAC